UGAGCAUUUGAAAUUCUGAGACAGGUUCUGUGGGAAAAUGGUGAGGAGUAGUACUCAGCAGUGUGAUGAGAAGAGACCUUUGAAGAAAGGGCCAUGGAGUCCUGAUGAGGAUCACAAGUUGAUAAGUUACAUUCAAAGAUAUGGUAUUUGGAAUUGGAGUCAGAUGCCUAAACCUGCUGGUCUGGCAAGGUCUGGGAAAAGCUGUAGACUUCGUUGGGUGAAUUACUUGAGACCGGAUAUUAAGCGUGGAAGCUUCACCAUGGAAGAAGAGCAGACCAUAAUCAAGUUGCAACAGAACAUGGGAAAUAGAUGGUCUGCAAUUGCAGCAAAACUUCCUGGAAGAACAGACAAUGAAAUAAAAAAUUACUGGCACACCCACUUGAAAAAGCGUCUCAACAAUGACAAGGCCAAAAUCACCGAGAAUACUUCAUCUCAAACUGAAACCUUUCUUCUUGAAGAGGAAGCUCCAAAGGCAUCACUGGUGGAAACUUCAAGAGAAGACUCAUCUCCAUUAAGUUCUGGUAUUGCUGAUGUAAUUGAUCACAAACCCCAAAUUACAGAACAACAAAGUAUUUGUGAAUCAUUUGGUGAACUUCAAAGCUUAUGGAUUCAUUCUCAAGUGACAUCAACAGUGGUGGAAGAUUCCGAGGCUAUGUUUACAGAUUCUGUUGGAUUUACAUUGUCAAGUGCUGCUAAUCAAGUGUGGCUGCAGCAAGAACCAAUAUUUCCAUGUGGUUCCUAUAGUGAUGAUGCUCAUGUUCCCAUGAGUGAUUAUUGGAUCAAUUUAUCUGUACAAUCUGAUGAAGCAAAUAGAAUGUUAUGA